UUGACAUGUCGGCUUUUACCGAGUUAAAGAAGAAGGGAAAAAAGGACCCUUCUCAAGCCAAAGCCAGCCAUUGUUGAAGGAAAGAAAGUGAAGAUGGGAGGAGUGAGACAGAGAGCGAUGACUACAACACUUCCAAAGCUGAUACAAAGUCUCCGAAAGGAAUGCCCAAAGCCAGGAAUAAAGCAGUUGCCAUCGCUGAGACGCGCUUUCUCUCUCUACGAUCAGAUCAAUCUCAUCGACAAUGUCCCUGAAGACCAACUCCGUUUUCAAGGGUAUACUGAUACGGGAUUCAGAGUGAAUGGGGUGGAGUAUGAAGGUAGCUUGCUUUGUGUGGGCAACCUGCUCACCUCUUGGGCACCCAGUUCCUUCUCUCAGAUUACUCCUGACAGUUUAUCCAUCUUUCAAAUUGUGCGGCCUAUACCAGAGAUUUUGAUUCUUGGUUGUGGAAGAUGCACUCAACCAGUAGAUCCUGAACUUAGGCGCUUCAUUCGGUCUACUGGCAUGAAGUUGGAAGCUGUUGACUCGAGGAAUGCUGCAUCAACCUACAACAUACUGAAUGAGGAAGGGAGGCCUGUGGCUGCUGCACUUCUCCCAUAUGGAGUUUCUUCAUGAUGCCUAAAUUCUUGAGUUGCAUCCUUUUCCAGUCAAAUCUCCACGAUCACUUGGCUGAUUUCACCUUUAUUUCACGCGAGGCCUCCGGAAAGUCCUUAACUACAUAGCCAGUAGCGACUUGCAUAAGAUUGUCAAUUUACAUGUAUUUAGAAAAAGGUUUUUGUUAGGAUGCGUAAUAUUCUGCAGUUCUUGUGCUGAUAAGAGAGGCUCAUGCUACAAAUGACUGUACUAGCAUUUUAAUAUCAUCCUUCCCUUUUGAUUUCC